UCGACAAAUCGACCCCGUUACGGCCCCGUGCCCGUCAUUAAUCAAAAGCGUUUUAGAGGGGGAAGAAAAAUUGGCGGGCAAACGGCAAACGCCGCCUUGCCGAAUCGCCGAUGUUGAGAGGGAGGGCGAGCCUUGUCCGCCUCAUCGGAAGACGGAGACGGCUCUCCGACUCAUCGUUCAGUCCUCCCGCUGAUGACGCCUCUGAUCGCCGGAAAAUUCAGACAAAGAGUAAUGGUGAAUCCUCCUCAUUUGUUAACGAGCUGUCUUCAGCACAUACGGUGGACCAUUCCAAACUUGAGGAUGAUGAAAAUGUUGACGAACAAGAUUUGGAUUGGGUUACUUGUCCAGUCUGUGGGAAGAGCAUACGUUGCAUUCAUGAUAUUGUAAACUCUCAUCUCGAUUCUUGUCUUACUAGAAGAACUCCAAGAAAGUUGUCUCAAAGCACCCUGUUUCAGUAUAGCUUUAAUCGUAAAUCUGACAGGAAGCGUUGCUGCCAAGAUUUUAGUCAGUCAGAGAAUGAUGACAUGCUAAAAAAAUCUUGCAAAAAAAACAAACCAACCAGAAUUUAUCCAUCGCCAAGCUCUGUAGAAAGCAGCAAUUUUGAGACUGCAGCGUACCUGGAUAUUUGCUUGUAUAGAAGUUCUGACAGUUGUGGUGUCUCUUCAGCUGAAGAUGUCGAGACAAAGUGUUCCGUUACUGAUGAUAAUGUGGAUAAAUCGACUUCUUUGAAUUACCAGGACAUCUAUAUUUCCAAGCACAACCAAGUUAGUGAAGAUGAUGAUGUACCGUUGGAAAGUUUAGAAACUUAUAUUGUUGGCCGCACAUUUUAUGAUGAUGUAGACCUGAAAGAAGGAGCAAAUAUUGUCUUUGUAAGAGACCCUGCAAAUGUUAAGGAUCAAUUUGCCAUCAAGAUUUUUCACUCCGAUCACAUGCUUGGCUUCCUUCCACGGGCACUGGCUCAAUACUUGUCUCCUCUUAUUGAUAAUUCUUACUUGAAACUUGAGGGGUUUAUUUCUUCUCUUCCAAAAUAUUCUACUGAUGAUGUUCCUAUUAGAGUGCUCUGUCAGAAAGUUUCUCAAUUCACUAGUGGAGCUUAUUCUCACCAGUAUUUUAAGUCCUUAUGGACUAAUGCUAUUCGUGCUGCUGAAUCAACAAGAACCUUCCACCCAGACAUGAAAAGAUAUCAGAUGAACUUCCAUAUUUUGAUGCAAGAGGUUAUGAACCACCAUAGUUAUCUAUUCACUGAUGAGGAAAGAUCUUUUUUAGCACGUUUUGAGGCUUUAUCUAGUGAAAGUCAAAGGCUCUUCAUUCGACUUUAUACACGUAAAGGGCCAUGGUUUCGGGUGUCCAAUGUGUCAUAUCCUGAAGUUCUGAAUGUGGAGCUAGCAGUUGAGGAAUUAUGUGGUAUUUGUAAAUUGAAUGAUUAUAUGUGUCGUUGGGAUCCUCUGAAACCGACCUCGACAUCCAUGUUUAGAGAGGUGCUAAGUGUGCUCACUGUCCAGGAACUGCGGGAGUUUUCACGCAUUGUGCAUGUGAAGAAAAACAGAAGUGGUUUAAGACGUGAACAAAUUUGUGACAGCCUAAUGGCAUCAUAUGCAGACAGAACUUGUUUGCAACUGCCAAAAUUGAUUUUUGAAAAGAUAGGAUCGUGUAUCUCUGUUUCUUAUUUAGCAGAUUCUCUCCUUUGGCUUAUGCAGAGAUUGUUUUUCCUCAAUGGUGAACAUGACUUAUCAGCCUUUCUCUUAGUAGAUCUGGGGUUGGUCAGGUAUCCACCAUAUGUCAUCAGCAUAUCACAAAAUCUUUUCCCCAGUCGAGAUGAUCUUCUUGCAUAUGAGGAGGCUAUAAAAGUGGCACAAAUACUGGAUGAAUCCUUGGACAAAAACAAUAUGGAGAUGGUCUUGCAUUGUAUAGAAGCAUCUGAUAGAUAUCUUUCCAGCCAACCGCAGGAGGUGUCACAGUUUUCUUGUCAUCAACCUAUAGGAGCAUUUCUUUUUCAUUUUUCAGCAGCAUGGGUUUACUCGAAGGUGGUAACUUUAGGCAUUUCUGUCCUUGAGCAUGAACGCAGGUAUGAAGAUGCAAUAAAGCUUCUUAAACAGCUGCUAAAUAUUAUUCUUUGUGAUGGAAAACGGGGUUAUUGGGCUCUUAGAUUGUCUGUGGAUUUAGAGCAUCUGGGUCGUCUGGAUGAGAGUCUUACUGUUGCAGAAGAGAGUUUAGCUGAUCCAUGGGUUCGUGCUGGAUUACGGAUUGCUCUACAAAGGCGUGUUUUACGUUUGGGGAAGCCACCAAGACGCUGGAAGGUGCCCGAUUUUGCCAAAUUAUUGAAGCGCAAGAUCAAUGAAGUCCAUGUGCGAGGAAUACCAUUGGCCAGUAAAACAGGAAUCAAGAGCAGGUUUUAUGGUUAUAAUGGUGAGCAGUGUGGUGUGGAAGAAUUGGCUCUACAACACUAUGCAGGAGUACAUGGUUGGCAGGGUCUCCAUUCAGAAAGUGGCAUUUGGAUGACAUUGUUUGCGCUUCUUAUGUGGGAUGUUAUCUUUGCUGACAUACCAGAUGUCUUCAGGACUAGGUUUCAGGAACGAGUUAUUGGAAGUCAUUCAUAUCAGUUCUGAAAGUUGUGCUCUAGUCGUAUUCAGAUCUGAGUCGUGUUGAUGUGGUAGGCAUUAGUUCUGAAAUAUAAGUUGUAGUCGAUGGAAUCAGAUCUGUGAGUUGGUGGUGCUGUUGAGAUCAGAUCUGAUUAUUGCUGUUAUGCUUAUCAGAUCUGCUAUAUUAGAUCUGAUGUUGGUGAAAUAUUUGUUUCAGAUAUGAAGUCUUAUUUUGUUAGGAGCAGAUUGCUUAUUUUUAUUUGCUAUUCACCAUAUUUAUGCUGCUCAUCAGUUGGUAACUGUCAAAGUUGACUCAUUGGCUCAAGUGAAAUCCAAUGACAGUGAACAAAAAUUUGAAGUGUCUGCAGACUACAAGGCUUUUGCUAAUCCCUUCUCUUAUGGGUUGUCUAUAAAGCUGGAUGGCAAGCUAUGAAAGGUGAUCGAUGACGUUUAUGAUGACUGUGUUUUGACAUUGUCAAAAACAUAUUCUGUUAGAAAAGGCGCUACUGGAGAAAAGUGGAAAAUAUGUAAUGUGGCAAGAAGAUAAUGAUGUUAUAUUGUUUUGGAUUACGGACAAUGUUCAGCUGCAUAUGUAGCUGAUGGUCUGAUUUACUAUACUACUACAAAGGAGAUGCAGGAUUCUGUACAUGACACAUAUAUCAGGACAAGAAUGUUAGUAGAAUUUUACAAGCUUGACAAAAGACAUUUCAGUCACAGCUUCUCGACACUUGUGGGGGAUUCAUGUAGUUUCUAGACCAUGCAUCAUUCUCCUUUCUCUCGUCCUAUUAAAUUGGCUGAUGGAAGACUGUCCCAAAUUGUGGUGCAAGGUGAAAUGCAUCUUACCCCUACUUUAUACAUUCAACAUGUUUUACAUGCUCCACAGUUCUCUAAAAACUUGCUAUAUGUGAUCAAGCUUACUACGGAGAUAAAACUAUCAAGUUAUAUUUGACCUUGGUUUUUGAACAUUUCAGGAGUAAUUGAUAGGAAAAAAAAAAUGGUGGAGGCUAUGAUAAAGGUGGCUUUUACUAUUCUGUACAACCAGUUGGAGUAGCAACCGCUUGUAUGCAAUUAAGCUCUAAUUUUUUAUAGUGGCAUCUCAGACUGGGUCAUCCUUGUAUUUCCAAACUUAGAGUCAUCCGAUAGAUCUAUCCUACAACAUCCUUUCAGUUUGAAGCAUGUCAUGCAUGUGCUCACAUGCAAAUAAAAAGAGGAUGACCGUUUGAGCAAACCCCUGAGCAAGAAUAAGCUGUACAAAUACCUUAAAGCCUACUAAACUGUGCCUCAAUAUAAAUAAAUCACUCUCUAGUCCAAGUGUGUGGGUGCUUCUGCUUGCAAGGGUUUGUACUUCUAGACGUGGCCAAACCAAGUGAGGGAAGAGGAAGAUAAAUAUUGAGGAAUACACAAAGGGCUCUCGGCUAGGUUGAGAAUUGUCACAACCAAUUAGAGGAAGUUGGCUUGGUGGCUGCAUCCCACAAUUGAGAGGCGGUGCUUAGGGAGGUUAAUCCCUUAACUACCUCUCAAUCAUCUAGGCAGUGGGGCUGUUAGGGCGCUGUCCCUGUAGGGCUUGCUACUACUAGGCUAGCCAGGAUGGUUUUCAUGGGCCAACUUGCCAGUGUGGCUGAGCGUCUGCCUACAAGUCUUGGCCAAAUAGCACCAGAGGGCUAGGGGCAAUAUGCCGCUGGGUUGAGGGAGCCCUACAUAGCCACUCUUAUGCUACCGAAGUUGAGGGGGAGGCAAAGAUUGACAAGGGGGUUAGGUGAAGCCGGGUCAGCAAUGAGUUCCUGACCAAGUUCGAGGGAUAACCACUAUUGGUUGAGGUGGCCUGGUGCACCACACAUGACUGCAAGCUUGCAACCAAGACAGGGGGCAGGUGGUCGAGCACGACCGACAUUGACUGGCAGGCUUGUUGAGGCCGUGCCUAUGUGAUAGGGCUGUCAAGAGCCUAUGGUCAAUGCUCGACCAUGCAACGCUUUGUUGAAGGCCGGGUCAUGGGUGCACAAGGACCCAUCGAUGAUGCUCACAUGAGGCUUUAGGGCCUAGGCAGCGAUAGUGUUGCUGUCGAUCAAGCCAGAGGGUCUUGCACUAGCUAAGUAGGGCUUGUAUUGGCACCAAGAGGCUUGCAUAUCGAGUGAUGACAAAGGGCUGUAAUGUGCAUGAAGAGUUGAGUUGGAUCGAGAGGCAAGGGUCUCCACUUAAGCAUGGCCAGACCUCAAGAAGGAGACAAGAUCAUUCACCAUAGUGGGGGACUAGAGCACCGAUGACUGAUGUAGAGGGUCUAUGGGUGCUGCUGACCACACCUCCUCCCCUUUUACAAAUAAGAAAAAAAAGAAAAAAUCUCUCUCAUUCUUUUCUUUAGUUCUUCUUUUUGCUUCCAAUCUCCUUCUCUUUUGUUUGUCCACUCUUUCUUUCUCUCUCUCAUAUUUCACUGUCACCUUGUUGUCCUUUUAAAAAGGAUGACAUGUCUCUUAUUCUGGAUAGCAUGUCUCUUUUUUAAGAAAGACUUGAUCUCUUUUAAAGUUAAAGGACAACAAGUCCUUCUUAAAAGAGACUUGACCUGUUGUCCUUUUUUAAAAGUACAACCUACAUAUGUGUCAUCCUUUUAAAAAAGACAAGGGUAAAAAAUGACACCUUCUAAUUUUUUUAAGAUUUUAUUCAGCAUAAAUUUUUACACUAAAAUAGUUUUUUCAGUAUAAAAUUCAUUUAUAAUGAUAAUAUUGGCCAAAAAUUUAAAAGAAAUAUACAAAUGAAAUUACAAAAUAAUUGAUUAUUAUAUAUAUAUAUAUAUAUAUACACACACACACAUAGAUAUCUCACUGCACCCACACCCAAAAGUUUUUGAAAUUGCUGCACCUGCACCUACACCUGUGUGACUUAGUCGUUAGGCACAAAGCAUGAAUGUGGCCUCAUCAUUCUUCUUCUUCUUCGCCAGAUUCUACAUCAUCCUUAACAUAUGGGCGUUUCAUCAUUGUCUUCUUAUGCUCCUUCGAUGUUGACCUAUUCUAAUCUUCCUCUUGAGAUGUAUCAACAAGUUCUUCAUUUAUGCAUCCGUGACAUUUCAGCUUACAGGAUCAGCUUGCUCUUUAUGCUUUCUUGUUGUCCUCUCUAGUUUCCUGCUCCUUAUGCUUUCUUAUAAAUGUUUUCUAGUUACCUAAACAAGUGUAAAAUAUUAACACAUAUCAUAAAACAAAUAUAUGUUAAUGUAUUAACUAAUAAAGCAAGUGUACAUUAGUUUAUUGCCUUCUGUUAAACCUGGGCUAUAUUGAACACAAACAGGGGCAGUCAACCUUUUAUUUUUUAAUAUCUUCCUUUUGGUGUGAAUUUUGUUAAAUGACACUCCAAUUCCUUUCAUGACUAUUUCUACUGCAUGUCUAACUGAGCAUUUUUGUUUAAAACAUUCUAAUAUUUGGGAAAUCACUUUGAUUGCAUCUACCAUAGCUUGAAAGUUGAAAAUAGAAUGAAUUUCCCACAUUAAAAGAAAUACGUAGUUCAUAAAGGCAUCUUCAAUUGCAUUAGUUGCAUGCUCUAUCAAUUUUUGGGGCUCAUAGCAGUCUUAAUAUGUGCCUGGGAAUUUUGGUGCAGUAUGGAGUGGGGAAAAGUUCCUAAUAGUUAUAGAAGCACUGGACGUGCCACUAGGUGCAUUGUUAGAAAACUUGCCGCUGCCACCCUUUGUUUUCUACUGGAACUGCUUCCUUCAAGAUAUGAGUUUGAUGUGUCUGGAUCUGGAUCCAGAUCGAGGCACAUCUGAUCCAAGAGGUGUAUUCUUUAUUUUAAUAUGUGCCAAUAUCCUUCAUUAAUGGAUCGUUGUAUUUUAUUUAUAUACUGAAAGGCAUACUUGUCCACACCUCGAACCUUCAUGGCUCCUAUCCCUUUGCUGUAUAACUAGCUAGUUUUGAUCCUAUGCUAGGAUCAAAAGUGAAAAGUUCAUCAUCCCUAAAUUUUCAAAAGCACACCAUACCCAUUUCUGCAUCUUUCACUUUUUUCUUAUUUCAAAUUCUAAAUAAUUUUUUGGCACUGGAUUUUGCAGUCUCUGUCACGUCGCUGAAGGUGCAUGUGGCGACAGUUUUUUGUGCAUCUCAGGUAGAUGUUGCAAUCUAGAGAUCCACGUUAUUUUUUAAAGGAAAGUUUACACAUGAUUUUUUUAAAAAAAGUUUACACGUGAUUUUUUCAAAAGAAAGUUUACACAUGAUUUUCAAACAAUUGUCAUCUCGAAAAGGGGCGAGGUUGGAAGCCUUGUCUCUUUAAAAUAUUAGAAGCCUGUGGUUAAAAAACAUGAUUACAUACCUUUCAUGGGGAAUGGAAAAUUAUCUCACAUACAAAAUAAGUAGAACCCCCUUUCUAAAUGCUAGAAUGAACUCCCAGCCAUGAAUAAGGCCUCGUUGAAGUUUUUCCCCCUCAAAAUGGAAACAGUUCCCCUCCAUGUUUACUCAUGAAAGAGCAUAUGCUACUUGGCGCUGAAUUUGGGUACGAGUCUUCUUUAUGUUCCACUGGGGCUGUACUAUGUAUUAUGUAAUAUAGACUAUAUUUCACUGUGUCGCAGGCCACUUUCCUUUUUUUCCAAAAAUCCAUCAUGGCUGAGCUGUGGAAUCCAGUUCCCAAGGUUUGAUGAGGGAGGCGGUUGACUUCUUUGAUGAGAUUUGUUCCAAUGCAACACCUUAUCGGUUGAUAUUUUGUGAUACAGACACAUUAUGUUUCUUAACUAGUGAAAGGAUUGUACCCCUAACAUACUCAUUGUUACAUCACACAUGGCAACAUAUCAUAUAAUACAGUGUGAUACAUGUAACACUAGUUUGAUUGCCUCAUCUUGGCUGGGUCUCAAGAUCUCUGAUUUUGAGAGCCAUGGGUUUAAGGUUGGAUCUCUGUGCUUAGGCCAAUUGACAAUGUAAAUGUUAAAGUUUGCAUCUCUGGUUUUACUUAGAUUCUUAGUUUGAUAAAUCGUGGAUUUUGGUCAAAGUUCCUUUUAUUGCCACAUCCAUGUAUGUAUUCAAGGUCCAUGGCAUUCAAACAGACCCUAGUAUGAGGUUAUGUCUCCUGAAGUGUUGAGUUGACGUUAUGCAGCUGGAACUUUGAAAGUUUGAAAUGUCAAUAUGAGGGCAUCCUUGUUUCUCUGAGCUCUUUAUUGGAAGUUUCACUCCAAAAUUGAGUUUGGUAGGAAGUAUAUGUCGAGCUGAUAUCAUUUGUCAUUUUGUUUUCCAUGGAGCAGAACACUUGGAUGAUUUCAGCCUGUCCAAAUUGACCUCCUUUUAUGUUUAGUACUAAAGAGUAACUUCUCUUGAUCUUGUGAGAAUAUCACACAUCUUUAAGAUUGCUUCCCUGUCCGUUGCAAGUUAUUGUUUUCCCAACUUCUGGAUGCAAGUGUGGCUUGGAUGCAGAGCCCGACCUAUUGCAUUUCAUUAACCAAUUUUUUGG